UUUGUUACCUUGGUUACUUCACUAGUUGCAGUGGUUAGAUUUGUGGAUGACUCUUAUUCUGAAGUGAUAGCGGUCGGCCUGUUUCACGGAAUAUAUAAACAAUAUUACCAACUAAAAAAAAUAGCCUAAAAACAACAUACAUACAAGUCUAUUUAACACAGGUUUUGAGAAACCAUGCCCUUUCACGAGGACGACUACAUGGAAAACUCUUCCAUUGACUUGCAAGAUAGCAGUCAUACAAACAUAAGCUUCAAGGAGAAGCUUCGGAAAAAAUUUAGAAAAUGGAAGGCAAAAAGAUUGGCUCGCAGGACAGCUGACCAAAGUAUUUUAAAGACGUUACCUUUGUCAAUUCUAGAGGUUCUCCAGACAGUAUCUGUCUGCGUUGUAGAAAAUCAGUAUGUACACAAGGUCCCUUUUCUUCUAAUCGCCACAAACAAAGAUAUACAGGAAUGGCUAAAAAUAUACCAAUAUUACCAGGAAGAGCCAGCUGAAGAGGAACCAGAAGAGACGUGGGUUGAUGAAAUGCCUCUUACUGCAGCAGUAGUCCACGGUGAGGUGUAUGCAAGAGCCCCUUCAGAUUUGCACGAGACAACUGUACAAGUACUAGAGGAAGCAGAAUACUUGCGGGCACCAGUAGAGCUGGCAGUGGUGGUGCACCGCUGUGAAGAGACAAACGUAUGUGCCGAUUUUCAUCUCGCCCAAUUACAUGACAUUCCUGAGAUCGAAACUGUUGAGAGAAGUCGAGCAGUAGGAACUUUUCCUGCAGCAAUAGAGGAAGAGAGAACAAUUCGUCAAGUCUUUUUAUAUGAUAAAGUGAAUGUGGCAGACCAUUUGGAGCUCCUGAGAAUAAAUGUGUUAACCCCAAUUAUUGUAAAUGGUACAAUGGAAGAUCAACAUGCAAUUCAGCCACCUCUUAAAAAACCGAUCGAGUUUUGUGGCUUCCAUCUGCAACCAAAACGCCCUGCAAAGAGCAGAAUUCUGCCCCUACAACAAGAAAAUACUGAAAUUGGAUAUAAUGCAACAAAAGUAGUUCCUCCAAUAACAGAAGAAAACGAACUCAUUCGUCACGUCAAAUACUACGUUGAAGUGAAUGUUCCAGACCGUCUGGAGAUUCUGAGAAGGCUCGUAUUAACCCAAGUAACCCUUACUGGUACUGAGGUAGAGAUACACAGAACUGUAGCAGAGCCAAGAGAUAUUCAGCCAGCCCCCAUAAAAUCAAUUGAGUUCUGCGGCUUUCACAUGCAGCGAAGUCUUACUGCGAUGAGAAUGAAUAUGCCUGAAGUGGAGCAAUUUGCAUUUUUUGUAAUCACAGGUGAUAACAUUUACAACGCGUCUCAUUCCAACAAUAGAAUCACUUCAAUGGGGGAUUUCCAAAAACAGUGUACUAUGCUCUUCCAAAAUGAGAAUUUCAUCAGAACUUCAUCAAUCAGCAUGUUGAAAAAUGUGACAGACUCUUUAAUAGAAACACCGUUUGUCUCGCGUUUCCCGAAAAUGACCAUUACUGAAGAUAUGAAGAAACUUUAUUUCUCAAAUGACAAAUAUAUGAAACCAGAAAAAGUCACUCCCUGUUCCUCACAUAAGACAAGCAAAAAUUCUAGGAGUGAAAAAAGUGCUCAGAUGAGUUUCCAGCAUGAUGAAAUUGCUUCGAAACAUACGAAACAGCCGACCUUGAAAUUGAUCAAAGUAAUAGUUAUAAAAAAGCAUUGACCAAUGAUGUCUUAAAAUGAAAUAAAAAUUGUUUGUUCGAUA